AUGUCAUAAAAAAUAUUUUUAAAAAGCCAAUUUCUCAAUGAAUAGAUGAGUGUUUUGCCACUCAAUGUAUAUGAUGAAUGUACUGUUGUGUCGGUCGACUGUGUAGGGGUUUUUAAAUGUAUAUUUAAUACUGAAGAAAAGAGAGAAAAGGGAAUAGACGAGUUGCGCAGGGGAGUUUUUAAUACUGCCAUUUGUGCAACUUAUCAGAGGCUAGACUCUACCUCCAUAUCGUAGGCUGUAGCGGGGGUCUCGUUGGCGCCUGGAUUUCUGUCACCUGAUUCGGCUGACAUGUCGAUGUCAGGGACAGCCGCAUCGGGCGCGCAACAGUACU